AUGGGCAGGAGGCUGAGGGCGCUGGGCAAUUGGGUGUUGUGCGGCUGGGGGGCCUCGAAUGUUGACAAGCCGAAUGCGGACAAUAAGGACGCCAAGAUGCAGGACGUGGUACCUGAUGCGCUGGUGACGACGACGCUGCCGAGGCUGCCGGCGGGGCCGCCGGAGGACGUGGAGGCCCGCAUGCUGAAGUCGCCCAAGCGGAAAAAGGGCAGAGUGAAGGACUAUUAUCAUCUGGGGAGGACACUGGGGACUGGAGGUUUUGCUGCUGUGAUGCUGGCCACUGAGAAAAGUACUGGGCAAAAGUAUGCCUGCAAGAUUAUGUCACUGCCUGGGAAGGAUGCCCUGCUGGACGAUGAAACGAUGUCAAGGGAAGAGGUAUUGAAGGAAGUGGAGAUUGUGAGCAAGACCCACCACCACAACAUUCUGGCCCUGAAGGAGUUCUUUCUGAGCAAGACGAAGGUUUACCUGAUCACCGAGUUGCUGGAGGGUGGCCAGUUGCUGGAUGCCCUGCUUGCACGUACGGAUCGCCAUUACACAGAGGCAGAUGCCAAAAUUGUGGUGAAACAACUGCUGGAAGGCUUGCACUACUUGCACGAGAGGAAUGUGAUACACAGAGACCUGAAGCUGGAGAAUCUCAUGCUUGUGCAACCCGACAACAUUCACGAAAUCAAGAUCGUUGACUUUGGCUUGGCAAGACACACAAUUAGCUCGAUGGCCACCGUUUGUGGCACACCGCAGUAUGUUGCCCCAGAGGUUAUCACACGGGACGUGAAGGACUACGGGAAGACUGUAGACAUGUGGGGAGUCGGUGUCAUCUUGUACAUUUUAUUGUCGGGGUCUCCACCUUUCUGGGACCAGAACGAGAUGGUGAUGUACUCAAAGAUAAAAGCAGGAGACUUCAGCUUGGAGGACAAGGUGUGGAAAAAAGUCUCCUCAAGUGCCAAGGAUUUAGUCCAGAAGCUCUUGACUGUGGACCCCAACAAUCGGCUGACAGUGGGCGGCGCCCUGAAGCACAAGUGGAUCACGGACUCGGUGUCCAGCACGCCUUUGGACGACGCCCGCAAGAACAUGGAAGACAAAAGCCCCAUGUUCAAGCUGCGGCAGGCUGGUGCGGCAGUGGUCAUGCUGAACAGGAUGCAGAAGGAGCAGGAGGAGCUCGUGCGCUCAGUUGAGGAGGAGGAUGACGCAGACAUCGAGGAAUCCGAAGCGGAAGGGAAUGGGUCACCUGGCAAACCAGUAAACGGGACGCCCUCGUAG